GCCAAGCGAACACCGAGGAUGUAUUGUUUACAGCCCUCGUAGUAAAAGAGAGUAUACGUUCGUCGCGUGUAUGCAUGGAUACAAGGGUAUACUACUCACUCCCUAACCACUAGCUAAACGUUGUUUCCACCAUCGGAUGAUGUUAGGGGCUUUAUUUGCUCCAAAGAGGUCACCAACAUAUAUUGAUAAAGUAUAUCUGCUAUUGAUCGUUUGUUAUACUUCAUCUCAUCUGCAUCUACUACUACACUACUGCUAUUACUACUAUACUACUUCUACUACUACUACUAUUUUACUACGGUUACCAGUCGUACAACUGUAGGCCUACUACACUAUAGGACCUACCAUAUUUUAGUCAACUUCACUGCACUUUAAUCUUGUAUUUUUUUUUGUUUUGUUCUAUACUGCAAUUUGAGUGAAAUUGCUUCUUACCUUUACUGAUGUUACUGCAAGUUCUGGAACUAUUUCCUAAAUUAUAAUAUCCACAAAUAGGUUUUUGUUAAAACUUUGAUUUAUUGUACAGGAAAUUUUCAACAACGGAUGCAUUAUACUUGUGAAUUUGGAAAGAAUUAUAACAGCUUACAUUUAGUAUUCCUGGAGAAUUGAAGAAAAUAAUGACCAUACGGUAAAAUGGCAAAAACUAGAUCAAUAGCGUUGCGAUGUUUCUUCUUUUCGGUGUUUUACAUCGUGUAUCUAUGCAUCGGGGCGACAGUGUUUUCGACAAUCGAAGAGCCUCAUGAGGAUAAAUUAAAUCAGGAUAUUAGGAAGCUAACCCAGGACUUUCUUGACGAAAACUCCUGUGUGAAUCUAGUUAGCCUGGAGAAUCUGAUUGAAGAAAUAAUAAUAGCAAAUGAUUAUGGUGUAUCUUGGAAAUUGAAUGUGACCGAGUUUACUAACUGGGAUUUCUGGUCAGCUCUUUUCUUCAGCACAACCCUAUUAACAACAAUUGGAUAUGGCCAUGCUUCGCCAUUGUCAACAGAAGGUAAAGCAUUUUGCGUCAUCUAUAUUAUAAUCGGCGUGCCGGUAACGUUACUCUUCCUGGGUCGUUUGAUGGCUCUUCUCGGAAAAUGUUCGGAUAAGCUCUUACAGCACUUAAGAGAUAGACUAAACUACAAAGUUUCGAAGCUGAGUAUAAACUUACUACAUCUGUCGAUUGUAGUGAUCGUCGUAUUUAUCCUGAUGGUUUUAAUCCCUGCCGCCAUCUUCACAAUACUCGAGCCAAGGUGGUUGUAUUUUGAUAGCUUUUACUUCAUAUUUAUUUCGACGACAACCGUCGGCUUAGGCGAUUUUGUUCCCGGACAGAAUGCACAAGAUAUUGGUUGGUCAAGAGUGUCUAGAAGCAUUUAUUUGGUUCUGGUAUCUGUGUAUCUACUGUUUGCAAUAAGUGCUUUGCUGCUAAUUAUCGACACAGCCGUGCGGAUACCAGAAGUUAGCCUCGUGCUUAGUUCCAUUACACACGAUGUACGUUACGGCACAAGCCAAGACGAAAACACCGACCUAAUGUCCAGCGUAUCUGGCGACAGUUACACCAGCAUCAACAGCACAGCAAACCUAGUGCCCACCGAUACAACCAAUAAGAAUAAAUACGAUGCUUCUGAUAAAUGAAAACAUUUCAAAAACUGAGCGUUACGGAUAAUACAUUAUACUGAAGCCUGCAAGUAUAGGCCUACGUUAAAGAUACGUUUACUAUAAGCAGUAAUUAGGCCUAUGAUGCGUUGCCGUUUUCGGGAUCGUGCAAUAUUAUACGCAUGCGCAAUUAUUAAUUGUCAUUUACUUAUUUACCGUACUCGCGCGAAUAAGCGCCCCGUUUGAAUAAGCGCCCGUCUUGAAUAAGCGCCCCUCCGUAACUUGAAAAUUUCCUUAAGCGCCCCGUUUGAAU